GAGGCGGUACGCUAGCAAUCACUUUUUGCAAAUACCUUAUAUUCUCCACUCCCAAUAACAGAACAAAAAUCUCUCUAUUUCUCUUUUUUUGCUCUGUUUUCUUCUCGGAAUUGGCAUGGAUCUUCAAUGGCUUCUGGAUUUCCUUCAAGGCAUGACGAAGCCUUUUCUCGCCACCGCCAUUGUCGCCGUCGCCGUCGUCCUCUCCUACUUCCAGAAGCUUGGCCUCGAAGGCGAAAUGAUCUACGCCAUUUCCAGAGCCUUUCUUCAGCUCUCUGUUAUCGGCUUUGUUCUUCAGUUCAUCUUCAACCAGCAAAACCUCGCUUGGAUCCUCCUCGCCUAUCUCUUCAUGGUGACGGUGGCGGGAUACACAGCAGGGCAGCGUGCGAAGCACGUGCCUCGGGGGAAGUUGGUGGCCGGAGCUUCAAUUUUGGCCGGCACUUCGGUGACAAUGGUGAUGCUAGUGGUGUUGAAAGUGUUUCCGUUAACUCCAAGGUACAUAAUCCCUGUCGCCGGAAUGAUGGUCGGAAAUUCCAUGACUGUUACCGGAGUCGCCAUGAAAAGACUCCGGGACGAUAUCAGAACUCAAUUCAGCCUCGUGGAGACUGCAUUAGCUCUCGGAGCUACGCCGCGGCAAGCGACGCACCAGCAAGUGAAGAGGGCGCUGGUGCUAGCGCUGUCGCCGGUGGUCGACAACGCGAAGACGGUGGGGCUGAUCUCGCUGCCGGGGGCGAUGACCGGACUGAUAAUGGGCGGAGCGUCGCCGAUUGAAGCCAUUCAGCUGCAAAUUGUGGUGAUGAACUUUCUCAUUGGGGCUUCCACGAUCAGUAGCAUUAUGUCCACUUACCUCUGCUGGCCUUCCUUCUUCACCGCCGCCUACCAGUUGGAAACCACCGUCUUUGCCGCCGCCUGAUUUCCUCUGUUUUUUUUUUUUUUUUUUUGUU